AAAUAAACGCCCCAAAAUCUUCGAACAGAUAAAUAAUAGCCCAGUUGAACGCAGAAACUCCUCCAAGAAUUAUCUGUUUGUUCCUCAAUUCAAACAUUGCAAUCAGGCCCUUGAUAUGAAGACUCUUCUGGCGUUACCGAUUGUAGUUUUGAUUAUCCUCUGCGCCGUUGAAUCGAAAACUCCCGACCCAUAUAAGGUACUUGGGGUAGAUCGCAGCGCUAGCCAACGUGAAAUUCAGAAGGCUUUCCACAAGCUUUCUCUUCAAUAUCAUCCUGACAAGAACAAAAAGAAAGGUGCACAAGAGAAGUUUGCUGAGAUUAAUAAUGCCUAUGAAAUUUUGUCCGAUGAAGAGAAGAGGAAAAAUUAUGAUCUUUAUGGAGAUGAGAAGGGUACUCCUGGCUUUGAUCAUGGCAGCAGUGGAGAUCAUGGAGGAUACACUUACUUCACCAGUGGCGGGCCAGGGCAGAGUGGCUUUUCAUUUAAGCCGGGGGAUUGGCAAAAUAUGGGUGGUGGGCAAGGAGGAUCAAAGUCCUAUUCAUUUUCUUUUGGAGGACCCAGUACCCAAAGCUCAUUUGGGUUUGGUUUAGAUGAUAUCUUUUCCACCUUUUUUGGAAAUGAUAAGGGUCGAAGCCAAUUUGGGGGUUUCGGUAAUUCAGGGAAAUCGCAUUUUGGUGGUACUAAAAGUUCCCCAAAAAGUAUUCCAGUUGUAAGUAGACAAACCUACAAGAAAGACGUAGCUGAUAAAGGGAUUACUUGGCUUCUGGUGUCGUAUACUUCUGCUUCCAGAGGCUUACAAAACUAUGAAUAUGUUGUAGCUGAGGUUGCAGCUACUCUAGAAGGAGCAUUGAAGGUUGGAAGCAUAAAUUGUGAUAGCGAAACAUCUCUCUGCAAUGAACUUGGUAUAUACCCUCGCCGCACACCAAGGUUGUUUGUUUAUUCUUAUAAAUCAAGUGACAAUGGCAUACUGGUUGAGUAUAAUGGUGAUCUUGAAAUAAAGAUGUUGAAAAGUUUCUGCCAAGAGCACUUGCCUAGAUUUUCAAAGCGUGUCAAUCUAGGACGCUUUGACGUUGCUUCUGAAUCUGGAGACUUGCCCAAGGUUAUGCUUUUAUCAACUAAGAAAGACACCCCGGUUAUCUGGCGUGCUUUGAGUGGCUUGUAUCACAAGUCUUUUGCAUUCUAUGAUGCAGAGGUGCAUGAUGUAUCCGAUCCAAUGGUAAGAAGGCUAGGAGUGAAAUCUCUUCCAGCUAUUGUCGGAUGGCUUUCAAAUGGGGAGAAGCAAAAUUUGAAAGAUGGCAUUUCUGUGAAAGACUUGAAGUCUGCGAUGCAGGAGUUAAGUUCUUUGUUGGAUAAGUUUGCAAAAAUGAACAAGAAGGUAGCUUCAGCUAGUAAGAGCAGAACGACAGAGAAAGAAUCAGGGGAUGGAAAAGUAAUUCCAUUGCUUUCAGCGCAAAAUAUUGAUGACUUAUGCGGAGAGAAAGUUCCAGUAUGCAUCGUAGGAGUGUUUAGGUCCUCCAAAGCGAGAGAGAAGCUCGAGAGCAUUUUAGGGAUGGUAAGUGAAGCAUUAGUUUCUUUACUUUUCAAUAAGCAUGAAACCUUGAACACCAGAGGAUUGUAGGAGUUUCCCGUUCUUCAUAGGGAAGAACAAUGCUCCUUUAUACUGAUCGUAUCAUUAAUUUGUGCCUCUGCUAUACUUUUUCAGGUUUCUCAGAAAUCACUAUCUAGGCGACAGAACUCAGCAUCUGGUGCUGAUUCAGUUUCUUACGCCCUUCUGGACGCUGCAAAGCAGCAAUCCUUCUUAAGUGCGUUCGACAAAUCAGGGUUUAAAUCUGUUGAUCAGCUCCUUUUGGCUUACAAGCCACGAAAAGGAAAGUUCGCCACUUUUGCAAGUGAUAUAACAAUGGAGGAAGCAGAGAAAUUUAUCAGUUCAGUACUAAACGGAGAUGUACAAUUUACAAAAACUCGACAAAGGCCAGGAUUGAAAUAGGGGAUAUAGUUUUUGUAGGAAGAUUGCCUCUUGUACAUGUGGAGAGUUGUGUUUUCUGAAGAGUAGAAGUUAUAUAGACAUACACAGGAGCUGGGAAUAUGCGGCCCUUGGUUUUUACGCCUUAGAUGUAUUAGUUAUGUAAAUUAAUUAGUUGCACAGUGGACUUGAAACGAGAUCAUCGGACAUGCCUGUUAUUCAGGACUCACAAGAUUUUGUUUAUUCUGGUUUCAAGUAUAUAAGUAAAAAGGAGUAG